AUGUCUCUCCUAAUGAAUGAGGAGUUCUCCAUUUACCAGCUACGAUUGGGAUACCUAAACCAGAUUCACGACGGCGUAGGCGAACGACUGAUCAAUCUGAAUCCGGCGGUGCUCAACAAUCCAGCAUUCCGUACAGCAGGAUGGACGCCAGACACGGCUGCUAUAAAGCGCUGCUACUCCCCGCCCAUCCCAACCGGCACGUCCGCAGAGAUCAGCAGCGAGUACUUCAAAAGGCCACGCCGGCCAGCAGGAAGCGCUGUGGACGAGGAUGAUGGAGCUGAGGGAGGCGGUAUGGUCACAGGUCAAGGCAGUGAAGAUACUAUCGGCGCGUUACACGCGAAUGAGCGGAAACGCGAGAAGAGACGGCGGAGAGCACAAUUAGAAGACGAUGAUAGUUCGGACUUAAGCGAUGACAGCGAUGAAGAUGAACUGGCACGAGGUCCAGCGCAGAGCAUCAAAUUUGCCAAAAUGCCAAUACGAAAUAGAGCAAAGUCCUCACCACCAAUGCAGGCUAGCACGCUUAAGACCGCUGCGGACUUCGAGGGAGACGGCCCUUCGUUGAUGGUGACUAGUCCCUCACGACCGCCAGACUCCAACCUGACAAGACUACGGAGUGGUAGUAUGGGCCAGGUCGAGGCAGUCAAACAAAGGGCGAGAAGGGAUACAGCUACAAGCUCAGAUAUGUCUAGUGACCAGGAAGCACCAGGCAAAUUCAAAAGAAAACUGCCGGGGCGGCCUGGGAAAGGCCCUAGCGUGCUGGCACUGGAAGACGACAUUGAGGAAGAGCCGAAUUCGGACGACGAUGAAGACGAUGACAUUGACUUUGGAGAAGCCUCCGAUCUAAGCGAUGAGUUCGAAGGCACUGCAGAUUCACCAUCAAUGCUGGGACUUCCCAGAGUCAGUGACGAUCUCUCCACUUCACCAAUUAGACCGCCUCCAAACAUUGUUCCAGCAGUCAGUGCAACCCCCAGUGGGUCGCCUAAGAAGGCUCCCAAGGACACUUUGCCGAGACUCCCGAAGCUGCCUCCUGGUCAGCGACCUCUCAGCAUGGCACAACCUGUCUCCAUGAUCAGCAAAAUGCUAAAGGGUGAUUCUACUGCCGCAAAUGACAAGCCAUUCCAGCGCUAUGCUGAGUUGACAGGAAAGGAGGAAGCCAACCCAUUAUGGAUCAAGAUCUAUGCGCCAUUCUCGGAGAAGCCCAGCAAGCCUAUCGAGGUACCUUUACGAAGGACUAAAGAUGAAAGGCCUGUGACCGUGGCCGAACUGAUAGGCUUGGCGUUGUGGCGCUAUGUCGAAGAAGGCUACAAACCCGAUCUCACUCCUGAUGAAUGCAAUAUCAAUAGAUGGACACUUCGCAUUGUUGACGACGAAGAGAUUGACUACGACUUCCCAGCUCUCGGUCGAACGAGACCUGCCGUUGAUUUCACCUCCAACAACAAUCGUCCACCACAGCGAAGAAUGAGGGAUAAGCCGUGGGACGAGUUCGGAUUGGUCAAGGCGACGGACGAGCAGUUCAGAGAAAAUGAGGAAUUGACUCCUCAGAUAGGGAACAUGGCACCCCCACCAGUGCCAAUACCAAAGCCCGAUCAGACACCGCUAUUCUCUCGGCCAGCACCAAUGUCUCGCAACCCGUCUGAAGCACAAACACUCGCACCGGCUGUGCCAUCAUUCAAUCCUGCCCGAAAUCCCAUCACAGGGUCAUCCUUUGCUCCUGGCGCUCUCAGAAAAGAAUCAUCCGCCCAGCUUAUGGAUAUGCCGCAACGCGAAGCUCGACAAGGCGCUGCGAAGACUGGUGCACCACGAAGCAUCACGGUGCAUCAUGUCAAUCCAAGUACGUUCGCAUCACGUGUCGAAAAGUACGAGACAACAACGGAUAGCUACAUCGCAGAAAUCUUUGAGCAAGCAUGUGCCAAACUCGGUCUCGAAAAGGCACUCUACGUGCUCAAGGUCCAUGGCACGCAGACUGUCGCUCCACACGAUCGCACUAUCGAAGCCUUGAACGACCGUCUCCAUCUCGACCUUGUGCCACGUCGCUUCCAAGGGCCUGACGGGAUCCUUGGCACAGGUCUUUCAGGAUCGCCGGGCAGUACAUCACCAAAUGCACCACUCGAGCUGACGCCUGCAAAUGCAACUCCAGGAAAUGUCAAAAAGAAGGGCAAGUUCAACUUGCAUCCCCUUGCCGCACAGCAGAAGUCAGAGCUUAACCACGCAACCUCUUUACUUAAUCUAUCUACCGAAGGCAAGAGAUACAAUGUUAUGCGCAAACAGCCGCUAUCCUUCGCUGCCACACAUCCGCGGACAUUGAUCAUCACUCCAGAGUACAUGACCAUUAUGCCAGCUGCCCCAGACUCCCUGGCUGCGCCCUCUGGUAAAGUGACGAAUGUCCCGAUGACAUCAAUUAUCGGAGCCAAAGUCAGUCGGAAGCACGUAAAGAUGGUUCGCAUUCUGGUCUUCCGGGAGAAGGAAACAAAGCGUUAUGACUUCGAGGCUGUCAACCACAAAGAAGCAGAAGAGAUCGUCACGGAUGUCAGGCGAGGAAUGGAAGUCUUUGGACCUGGGGCUUGGACACAUGGAGAUUAGCAAGCUCCAAAAGGGGGCUCUCGCAUAGGAAGAAUGAAGUACCUGAGUACAAACAGAAGAGGGAACCGGAGUUGGAGUUGGUAAGACCGGAUAUACCCAAUUUGAGAUUUUCGACCUCGCCUGCGAAGCUGCCUAGGUGAGCUUGAGGCUU